AUGUUGGCUUCGAGAGCUGUUCUGGAAGGCGUCGGCGUCGGCGACUCAACCGCCUCCCCCACCUCCGCCCUCCUCCUCUCCGUACUCCAAGAGUCUACCGGCCGCAUCGCUACGAUCCUCUUCGCGCACCGUCUCGGCACAGCCCUCGAGCCUGAAUGCAAAAUGUACCGACUAGCCGCCGAUGUCUUCAACGACACAGCCAUGGUGCUCGACUGCCUAUCGCCCGCCUUCCCCAAACCCAUCCGCGUGGCUGUGCUGAGCUUCUCGAGCUGUCUGAGAGCCCUAUGUGGGGUUUGUGCGGGAAGUGCGAAAGCGAGUUUGAGUGCGCAUUUUGCGAAGAAGGGGAAUCUGGGUGAGGUGAACGCUCGCGCCAACAUCCUGUUCAGCAACAUGUUCCAGCACGGCGUCGUGCUGAGUCCGACCGAAGUGUCUAAGCGCGAGCGCAUCUUCCACAGAGGUGACGUAUUGCGCUGGUCCGACGACGAAGUGCUCGGCCAGUGUAAGAUUGGCGUAUCUCUCCAGGAAAUGCUAGGCCGGAUAGGGGAAGAAAAUAGGCAAACGGGCUCGCUCGCUCUGCGGACUAUACAAAUCUCCGAACUACUAACCGUCUUCGCUGGCGAGGCAUACAUCAUGUGUCCCGCUGCAUCCGCAUCUUAUAUCUCCAUUGCACUGAAAGCAGAGUGUGGACCGACGGAUCAUCUCAAAGCAUGGGCUCACGCACUGUUGUUUGCGAAGAGGGCCCGAGAUGGGAAUGGGCACUCGGGUGAUCAGCCCAAUGAAGCACUUCCUCCGGCCAAGGAUCGCCUGAAGGCUGAGUUGAGGCAGACGUUGGAGGACGUCCGGGCGACGUUUGGAAAAUAUGGGGACGAGAUGAGGGGGAAGGGAUGGGAUCUAGAUGUCGCUGCGCUUGAGACGCAAGCCGGGACACGGUUGCACAUGGACAUACAGAAAGUGGGAUGA